AAGCGGAGAGUUGUACAUCAACUUUCUCAUCAGUCGUGGGCACAGUCCUUGAAUUCUCCACCCAACGACAAUGAAUUGAAAUACACACAUAUAUGUAUAUGUAGAUAUACACAUACAUACAUGCAUACAUACAUAUAUGGUUGUACUCACACGUUGUUAAGAUCCCCUUAACAACAACACGAAGAGUGGUGGGUGGCCGAAUGUCGCCAGCCAUACUGCCAUGGCAUUUGGCGCCCCGGCUCGGGGACUACUCCACCAUGUCUGUCGACAUUUGGCUGGCAGACUGGCUAUCGUAAAUCCAUAGCAGUGAAGCUUACAAGCGAUUCCUACGAAUUUUGUGUUGUCCUUUAUUUUAGUAUUUUAUUAGCACCGUAACGGCAAACACUUAUUUUGUCUCGCUUUGUGUCUUUUUUCGUAGCGACCUCAAGCUUUGUGUGAGUUGGGUGAAUGGAGAACAGUGAAAGGUCUUGUCUAGGCCUUAAGAAGUGCACCGACGACAACUCCUAAAAGUGUUUGUGAGAGUGUAGUAGCGUCGUAGCGAGUAUUGCAAUGGUGGAUGAGUUCUUUGAACAUGGGGUUGGGUAAAGCCGUCCUGUCCGUCCACUCCUUGGGCAACCGAAUAUUGCUCACUAUUCAAUUAAUUAAUGGACAUAUGAAAUAUGCAGCGACUAAGACAAUGCGGAAUUAACACAGUCGCUGAAUUACACCAAUGGGUUGUUUGGGAGGGGCAUUUGAAGUUCAGACAAUAUCUAGAAGGCGCAUGGGACAUGUCAUUUCUUUCUCCGUCGCUGAGAUUAGAAAAUUUGUCUACAAAGCCAAUAAUGAGCUUGGAUCACUUGCCUGAGGAAAAACGGUACAACAAAAACAACAUUGUGGCCAAGUGGUGUGCGCCUAUCAAUGGCAAAAUGUAUCGCAUCGAACUGGAGCAUGGUACGACCAGUGGUCGACGCAUGAUCUGGGUCAAUGGAAAGGAAGUCUUAAGGCGUGACUGGAUGUUUAAACUUGUCGGUGAGGACACCUUUUACAUAGAUCAGGCCCGUUGCAUUAUACGAGUAGAUCCGGCACCGGGCUUCAGAUACGAAUAUUUGCUAUAUAUUGAUGGCAAAUCUCUCGACCAAUACACCGAUGAGCAGUCAAAACAAUAUCGUCUGUGGGUGACAACGAUUAACGGUAUCCAAUAUAGGAUAAUGCUAGAACUGGACACAUUGAAUCUGUAUAUCAACGAUGAACUAUGCCAAGACACGGCCGAAUUCGUGGAGGGUGGAACCAAUACUACCGUUCUCCACAACGAUGUUGAAUUCAUAUUACAAACCCGAUCAAGUGGCAAUAAACACAGUGGAAUCCGCCACACACUGCUGGCGAAUCACGUCGAAAUACCCGAGGCAAAAAUCCAGGAAAUAAUGCAGGAACCUUGUUCUAUACUCUCAACCUAAUCGGAGCUGCACAGAAGAGCUUUGCAUGUGCUGCUGGUGCCUUCAGACAAAAAACUUACGAAAAAAUUAACAUUUAUUUAUGAAAUUAAAAUAGUAAUAAUUAAAA